AAGAAGAGGCCGAAGAAGCCCAAGGAUAUCAACGACGAUGCACUGGACAGCAAGUUGGGAGUGAAUCUGGCGAUUGGACAUAUGGACAGCACACUCAUGGCCGAUCACAUCGCGCAGCGGACGAGGAGGUUCAAUCCGGACCUGAGCACAGUAGAAGCGGAGGACUCGUAUAUCUCAGAGAAAGCCAUCACGGACACAACAACCUGGACAGAACCUCGAAUCGCAACCAACAUCCCCACCUUCCUCGAAAAGUUCGCCGCUCCACGACGAAAAAAGCGAGGCGAAAAAGGCCGAACACUCUGCGACGCACCCCGAGAAAACGGCGCGCCACACACCCUCGUCAUCGCCGGAGCGGGCCUACGAGCAGCAGACAUCACCCGUGAACUGCGAACUUUCCAAACGAAAGACGCCAUGGUCGCGAAGCUGUUCGCCAAACACAUCAAGCUGAAGGAGGCUGUGGAGCUGGUAGCCAAGACGAGGAUGAACAUUGGUGUGGGCACGCCGCAGAGGGUGAUUGAUCUGUGGGAGAAUGGAGCGCUUUCGGCGAAGAAUUUGGAGAGGAUUGUGGUGGAUGCUUCGCAUAUUGAUCAGAAGAAGAGGGGGAUUAUGGAUAUGAAGGAGACGCAUGGGCCGUUGGCGCAUUUGUUGGCGAGGAGGGAGUUGAAGGAGAGGUAUAUGAGUGAGGAGGGGAAGGUCGAGUUGCUCUUUUAUUGA